AUGCAGCGUCUUGUGCUCAUUGGCAGCGUCGUGCUCACCUUCCUGGUCGUUGUCCUACUGCUCGUGUACCUGGUCCUCAUCCCAGCUGGGAUCCAGCACCAUCUCAACUUGGCUGAGCUCUCGGUCAAUUAUCUGGACGUCAAGAGCAUCUCUAGUGCCUCUUCGCUCCAUGUCGAGCUCAGUCUAAACGUGCAACACGACAUCAAUAUCGCUGCCUCAACCGACGACAUCACAGCUUCACUGCUGUACGGUGACGUCGCCUUCGGGUCCGUAGUGAUCCCUGGUCUUGACAUCAAGCCGGGUGAACAGAACUACAAUAUCACUGUAGCUAGUUCGCUCAUCCUACUUGACGUGAACAUGUUCAAUAUCAUGGCUGAAGACCUGAUGAAGGAGAUUGAGAUCUCGCUCGAGGCUACGGCUACCGCCAAGGCACACGCUUUUGGCUUGAGCUACAAUGGUCUAGCUCUGAAGGGCCCGCUAGCACUGAAAGGCUUCAACCACUUUAGUCAUCCUACCCCGAAUUUCAAAAUCAUCUACUGGUUCGGCUGCAUUGAAGACGCGUACCAACUGGACAUCAACGUGACGUUAAUCAACCCGUCUUCUAUAGGUCUGGACGGCAUCGGAGCUUUAAAUUUGAGCCGGUACUUGGCUCUGGAUAUCCUGGGCGGCAGAGCUCAGCUCUUCAUCACGGGUGACAAUCCACACUCGACCAAGUACACACAGUUCCAAGAGGCUGUUAGCCAGAUCAACAUGAGCGUUGUGUACACGGACGGUCUCUCCAGUCUCGGCUUCAACACAUCGUGCAGCAUUUUGUCGCUACUGUAG